CUCCGCCCAGCUCGGCUGUGAUUGGUCAGUUUGGGAAAGAGGAAAUAAAACAUUGAUUGUUGCUCUUCAUCUGUCUGUGGAUGCCCUGCUAGCUGUGUGUACACACAUUUAGCAAUAACGCUUAUAUUUUCUGAGGAAGGGCGGACCUACCAACAGCCAACAUGUCGAGCAAAAGGGCCAAGGGAAAGAACACCAAGAAGCGUCCUCAGCGUGCCACCUCCAAUGUGUUCGCUAUGUUUGACCAAUCUCAAAUUCAGGAGUUCAAGGAGGCCUUCAACAUGAUCGACCAAAACAGGGAUGGUUUCAUUGACAAAGAAGACCUUCAUGACAUGCUGGCUUCACUGGGUAAGAGCCCCACAGAUGACUACCUGGAGACGAUGAUGAACGAAGCGCCGGGCCCGAUCAACUUCACCAUGUUUCUGACCAUGUUCGGAGAGAAGCUGAACGGCACAGAUCCUGAGGAUGUGAUCCGUAAUGCUUUUGCCUGCUUUGACGAGGAGGGCACAGGUAUAAUCCAGGAGGAGUACCUGCGGGAGCUGCUCACUACAAUGGGUGACAGGUUUACGGAUGACGAAGUGGAUGAGCUCUUCAGAGAGGCGCCGAUUGACAAGAAGGGCAACUUCAACUAUGUAGCAUUCACACGCAUACUAAAGCAUGGCGCAAAGGACAAAGAUGAUUAGUGACAGAAGCAGCUCUGGAUAAGGUUUAUUCUGUACAUCGUGUGUUGCCACUCGUUAGAACAGCUAUAUACUGUUAUUUGGCUCAUGGGAUGCUUCACUGUGGUAUAGCUUACUGAAGGUCAUUUAUUUAAGCUGCUUGUGGGACCAUACUGUACCCCGACCUCUACUCUCAAAGCUCAUUUGCACAUCUGUGGAAACACCACCGAAGGGUCUGUAUAAGCUCGUUAAGAUGUAUGAAAAGACCCUCAUGGAUAAAGCUGGAAAUAAACUGAAACAAGGAGUCUGUUGGUUUUACUGAAUCAUUUGUAUUUUGUUGGAAAUUAAAGUUUCAAUAUUUAA